GGCAUGAUCUCAGAGUUCAAGUUCUUGGUUCCCUGGGGUCAUAUUGCAGCCAAGGCGUGGGGAGCACCACAGGGUCGCCCUGUGCUCUGUUUGCAUGGCUGGUUGGACAAUGCAAACACUUUCAACAGGCUAAUUCCUUUGCUCCCUAAAGACUGUUAUUACUUGACGGUAGAUUUUGGGGGACAUGGGCUGUCAUCCCACCGGCCACCUGGGUUUCCAUAUCAUUUCUUGGACUAUGUGGGAGAUGUGCACAGGGUAGUUGCAGCAUUGAAAUGGAGUCGCUUUACCCUCAUGGGCCAUAGUUUAGGUGGAACUGUGGCAGGAAUGUUCUCAUGUAUUUUCCCUGAGAUGGUGGACAAGUUGAUCCUAGUGGAAUCGUAUGGGUUUUUCCCAGCACCUAAGGGUGAUGAGAGGGGCCCAGGAUAUAAUAAACAAAAGAAGCCAAGCUCCCCAUUCACCCUUAAAGAUGCCCCAUCAAUACUAGAGGAAUACGAAAGGCUGCUAAGGCCCAAACGGAAGCUGUUUGAGAGUCUGCUGAGUUUAGAGGCAAACAAGCAAUAUUCUGCUCAAGUGCGCAGCCCCCAGGAGGCACUUCAGAGGCUGUUAAAGGCAAACCCAAACCUAACAGAAGACAGCGGAAAAAUAUUGCUGCAGCGGGGGGCAACUGAAGUGCCGGGAGGUGUGGUCUAUAACAGAGAUAUAAGAGUUACUUUGCACAAUCAUAGUUUUUUGACUUUGGACCAAUCUUUGAUCAUGCUGAGAAAAAUCCAGGCUGAUGUACUGAUGAUCAUAGCACAAGAUGGGAUUUUUUCCACCGAGUCUAAUGAUAUGCCCAAUGUGAAACCCCUGCAAGAGGCAUACAGGACCUUCCUAAAAGAGCACUUCCAUUAUGUCGACGUACCUGGGAAUCACUUUGUCCACCUGAAUGAGCCAGAAGUUGUGGCUGGGAUCAUCACCACCUUCUUAAGUAAAGGCGAGAAUCUCAAAGCCAGUCUGUAGCCAGCAUCUUCAUCUCCCCUGCUGACUGCCCAGUGGAUGGUUUCUG